GACCUGCGUGACGUCAUCGAGUAUGAAGGCAGGAAAGUGCGUUUGACAUCCAAAUAUUCUUCAAAACUGUGAUCAGUGCACGGAUACAAAUAUGUGUGGCUUCGACAAACAGAAGGGUCCUGGUAGGCUGAUGAAGAAAGGACUCACUCUCAUUGUAGUUGGUCAUGUUAAUUUCAUCCUGGGUGCCAUAGUUCAUGGCAGUGUGUUACGACACAUUUCCAAACCCAGCAAUGAGAUCUCAACUGAGUAUACUGUAUCAAACAUCAUCUCUGUCACCUCGGGACUGCUGAGCAUUGCAAGUGGAAUUGUCGCGAUAUUGGUGUCCAGGAAUAUUACCAACUUGAAGCUACACAUCGGUCUGUUGGUGAGCUCAUGUCUGAACGCCCUGCUCUCUACAGCAUGUUUUGUGGGGCUGCUUUUGGCAAUCAGCCUCACCAUUUCAGGUGAUGGAUCCGUCCUCAUGAAAGGAUGCAAUUCCACUAACAUGCCCGUGAAUGCACGGUCUCCGAUCAUCGUUAACUGCCCUUUCGAUGCCACCCGCAUCUAUGACACAACUCUGGCACUGUGGUUCUCCUGUGCUGGGUUUACUGCCAUAGAGGCCGCACUGUCUGUGUGGUGUUUUAUCGUGGGUCUCACUUUAAGAGGCAUCGGACCCUGUGCUCAUACUUACAUCCGAGAGCAGCUGGAAGAGGAAGCACUGGCAUCAAGGGGAAAGAUGGAUCCGGACCACACAACUCAAGGCCAACAUCUUAUUGGACACCAUUCUGCCAGUGCUUAGAAUUGAGAAUUAUCGAAAAUUAAGGUGGAACUUUUACACUGGUUUUUGAACACUAUUGCAUUCAAAGUAAUCAUAAAGAUAUUCCAUAAUGUGUAUGAUUCUAAACUUGCUGUAUUACUUGAUGGUGAUAUUAGUUGCAGUUUUUUUGUUGUUGAUGUUUUGAAGCACUCCAGUACACUGAUGUUGUCAUACAGACUAUAUCAGUCAGUUGAACUUGUUUGACAUUUGUUUUGACAUAUUUUAAGUUUGCUUAUGUGAGCUUGCACCACUUAUCAUUGUAACAACCUAAAAACAUCAUAGUCUAUACUGACUGUGUUGUGUCCUAAACUGUAGAUAGGGUUACAUGUUUGCAGUUCUUGUUUACGUCAAAACUUCGAAGCACUGGCACACUGUGGUAUGUGUAAUUUCAAAAAUAUGUUGGUCAAAAGCAAUCAUUCAUAUCGAUUUUUAUAUAGUAUGUUACUUUGUUACUUUGAAUGUCAACAACACCAAAUCUAAUGUUUUGGAAAUACCUAUUGUGCCACAAAGCGAACUUUUAAUAGCUAAUAGUAGCCGUCAAAAUUCCAGCAUGCAGGAGAGAGUGUGUCAGCAUGAUGAGUGAUAUGUUAAUCCGGGUUGGAAUUAAUGAUGCAGAUUAAAUCUCACACGACGAGAGAAAUCCUUUCAUCACACUGGAUUAAAAUCAAUAUUGACAAAAAGAUGUGACUGACACUGUCAAAACAAAGGGAUUUUUUUUUUCUGUUUAAGACGUAUUAUAUUUCAUUUCAGUGGUCUGUGUGUUUGUUUAGAGAGAGCUGUAGUUUUUUCAUCCUUUGAAGGAUUACUGAAAGUCCCUCAUUUCAGUGCAGUCUCCAUCACAUUGUAUUACUUUUUAAUUCUACUUUUAUGAAUGUGUUUGUAUUGUUUUUAAUGUAGAAUUCAUUUGAAUAAACACAAUACAACA